AAAGGGAUCACAUCAAUAAAAAAAUCAAAAAAAAGAGUUCCUGGCUUGACGUAUUCGGAAGAGACAUCACUGAGAUAUCACCAUGUCAGCUGAAUAUAAUGACACAGAAGACAAUUACGGCAAUUACAGUGAAUUUGAUUAUGGAGACUAUGCUCCAACCAACUCCACCGAUGUACAGGAAUUCAGCCAAGUGUUUCUUGCUAUUCUCUACAGUUUGGUUUUCAUCCUGGGCUUCAUAGGUAAUGGACUAGUGGUGAGUGUACUGGUGAAGCACCGCAACCAGAGCAACCUGACAGACAUCUGCCUCUUCAACCUGGCUCUCUCUGACCUCCUGUUCGUCUUCAUGCUGCCUUUCUUCUCUCACAAUGCCAGGGUCGGCCAGUGGACUUUUGGAGACUUCAUGUGCCGUUUGAUAUCCGGUUCUCACCACAUUGGCUUCUUCAGCAGCAUCUUCUUCAUGGUUGUCAUGACGCUGGACCGCUACAUGAUCAUCGUGCACGCUCAUAGGGUUGCACGUUAUCGCACAAAGAGGGCAGCCAUCAUUCUGACCGUGCUCGUUUGGAUGCUGAGCUUGUUUGUCUCUCUGCCGGAUUUUAUCUUCAUGCAGCAAACAGAAGACUCCCAGAAGUUUAGAUGUGAUUAUCCUGAAGAGAACAAAGUCUGGGAGCGUUACAACCUGUUCACCACAAAUGUGCUGGGUCUUGUGAUUCCCUUGCUGGUGAUGGUAGGUUGCUACUCCAGGAUCAUCCCCAGGCUGGUAAACAUGAGGACCGCGAAGAAGCACCGGAUUGUCAAGCUGAUCAUCUGUAUAGUGGUUGUAUUUUUCUUACUCUGGGCCCCGUAUAACAUUUCCCUUUUCCUGGAGUUUCUACAGGAAAGAGAAAUAAUCCUCAAUGAUGAAACCUGGUACAAAAAUGUAAAGCUGUCUAUAACAGUGACUGAGGCUUUUGCUUACACUCACUGCUGCCUGAAUCCCAUCAUAUAUGCUUUUGUGGGAGAGAAGUUUAUGAGACGAGCCUUGCAGCUGCUGAAAAAGUUGAUGCCUGGUUACAGCAGAGAUCUGACAGACAGCUCAUUCAGGAGAAGCUCAGUUAUGUCCAGGGGCUCUGAAAUCACCUCCUCCUUUAAACUGUAG